GAGGCGGGGCCCGGCCCCGUUAAGAAGAGCGUGGCCGGCCGCGGCCACCGCUGCCCCCAGGGAAAGCCGAGCGGCCACUUAGCCGGCAGAGACCCACCGAGCGUCGGCGGAGGGAGCAGCGCCGGGGCGCACAAGGGCACCAUGGCCCAGACGCCCGCCUUCGACAAGCCCAAAGUAGAACUGCAUGUCCACCUAGACGGAGCCAUCAAGCCUGAAACCAUCUUAUACUAUGGCAGGAGGAGAGGGAUCGCCCUCCCAGCUAACACAGCAGAGGGGCUGCUGAACGUCAUCGGCAUGGACAAGCCGCUCACCCUCCCGGACUUCCUGGCCAAGUUUGACUACUACAUGCCUGCUAUCGCGGGCUGCCGGGAGGCUAUCAAAAGGAUCGCCUAUGAGUUUGUAGAGAUGAAGGCCAAAGAAGGCGUGGUGUACGUGGAGGUGCGGUACAGUCCGCACCUGCUGGCCAACUCCAAAGUGGAGCCAAUCCCCUGGAACCAGGCUGAAGGGGACCUCACCCCAGACGAGGUGGUGGCCCUAGUGGGCCAGGGCCUGCAGGAGGGGGAGCGAGACUUCGGGGUCAAGGCCCGGUCCAUCCUGUGCUGCAUGCGCCACCAGCCCAACUGGUCCCCCGAGGUGGUGGAGCUGUGUAAGAAGUACCAGCAGCAGACCGUGGUGGCCAUUGACCUGGCUGGAGAUGAGACCAUCCCAGGAAGCAGCCUCUUGCCUGGACAUGUCCAGGCCUACCAGGAGGCUGUGAAGAGCGGCAUUCACCGUACUGUCCACGCCGGGGAGGUGGGCUCGGCCGAAGUAGUAAAAGAGGCUGUGGACAUACUCAAGACAGAGCGGCUGGGACACGGCUACCACACCCUGGAAGACCAGGCCCUUUAUGACAGGCUGCGGCAGGAAAACAUGCACUUCGAGAUCUGCCCCUGGUCCAGCUACCUCACUGGUGCCUGGAAGCCGGACACGGAGCAUGCAGUCGUUUGGCUCAAAAAUGACCAGGCUAACUACUCGCUCAAUACAGAUGACCCGCUCAUCUUCAAGUCCACCCUGGACACUGAUUACCAGAUGACCAAACGGGACAUGGGCUUUACUGAAGAGGAGUUUAAAAGGCUGAAUAUCAAUGCGGCCAAGUCUAGUUUCCUCCCAGAAGAUGAGAAGAGGGAGCUUCUCGACCUGCUCUAUAAAGCCUAUGGGAUGCCACCUUCAGCCUCUGCAGGAAGGAGUUCCUUUCUGGUUCUGGUGUUCUGUGAUUUUUACAACAUCCUGGGUACUACAAGUUGCCUGAUCUUUCUGCUUCUCUGAACCAACGAGCAGGGCAGAACCUCUGAAGACGCCACCCCUCCAAGCCUUCGCCCUGUGGAGUCACCCCAACUCUGUGGGGCUGAGCAACAUUUUUACAUUUAUUCCUUCCAAGAAGACCAUGAUCUCAAUAGUCAGUUACUGGUGCUCCUGAACCCUGUGUGUCCAUUUCUGCACACACGUAUACCUCGGCAUGGCCGCAUCACUUCUCUUGAUUAUGUGCCCUGGCCAGGGACCAGCGCCCUUGCACAUGGGCAUGGUUGAAUCUGAAACCCUCUUUCUGUGGCAACUUGUACUGAAAAUCUGGUGCUCAAUAAAGAAGCCCAUGGCUGGUGGCAUGCA